GGGUUGGGUGUGUGUGAGUUCUGAGUUUUCGUUUAUCUAGAAAAUAAUUAUUUAAUAUUUCAAUUUUAUUUAUUGUACGCAUGUUGAUAUGAGUGUGUUUUAUAACAAUUAUUUAAUACAUAUCACAGUUAACUGUAGCGGUAGUUUCCUGUGAACUUUACAUUUUAUUUGUUGAAGAAUUGGCAUCAAUAAAAGAAUGCUGAGAGGAAGGGUGCAACAUUUACUUCAUUGUUUAUUUUUUAUCACAUUUAUAUUUAUUUUCUUAGUAUUUGCCGGUGCUAUAAAUUUGGAUGAUAAAGAAAAGAGAAUUAUUGAUCCAUGGGAAGAAUAUGGAAUUUAUGGAACAAUUACUCUUUAUGUUCUCAGACUCCUAACAUUACUAACAAUACCACAAGUUCUCUGCAAUUUUGCAGGGUUAACAUUAUUUAAUGCUUUUCCUGGUAAAGUGAAACUGAAAGGGUCGCCAUUAUUAGCACCUUUUAUUUGCAUUAGAGUAGUCACAAGGGGUGACUUUCCAAAGCUUGUUCGGGAUAAUGUAACACGAAAUAUGAAUACAUGUAUUGAUGUGGGUAUGGAAAAUUUUAUGAUAGAAGUUGUGACUGACAAAGUAAUUAGUUUGCCAAAGCAUCGUAGAGUACGAGAAGUGGUGGUCCCAUCUGAAUAUAAGACUAAAACUGGUGCUUUGUUUAAAUCCCGUGCAUUACAAUAUUGUUUAGAAGAUGAUGUAAACAUUCUUGCUGAUACUGACUGGAUUGUUCACCUGGAUGAGGAAACAUUGUUGACGGAAAAUUCUGUCCGUGGUAUACUGAAUUUUGUUUUUGAUGGUCAGCAUCAGUUUGGCCAAGGACUUAUUACAUAUGCUAAUGAACAAAUUGUCAAUUGGCUCACUACUCUGGCAGACAGUUUCAGAGUUGCAGAUGAUAUGGGAAAGCUUAGAUUUCAAUUCUACCUUUUUCAUAAGCCACUUUUUAGCUGGAAAGGUUCUUAUGUAGUAACACAGGUUGGUGCAGAAAAGAAAAUAUCAUUUGAUAAUGGUUUAGACGGGUCUGUAGCUGAGGACUGUUAUUUUGCUAUGAAGGCUUAUAUGGAAGGCUAUACUUUUAAUUUUAUUGAAGGAGAAAUGUGGGAAAAAUCACCUUUCACUUUAUGGGAUUUUAUGCAGCAGAGAAAACGUUGGAUUCAAGGUAUUCUCUUAGUGGUACACAGUAAAGAAAUUCCUUUAAUUAAUAAGGUAUUUCUAGGUGUCUCUUGUUAUUCAUGGGUUACACUGCCUUUGUCAACUAGUAACAUGUUAUUAGCCGCACUCUGUCCAAUACCUUGUCCACAAUUUCUAGAUCUCAUUUGUGGCUUCAUUGGCGCUGUAAAUAUUUAUAUGUAUAUUUUUGGUGUCAUAAAAUCUUUUCCCAUUUAUAGAUUUGGACCCUUGAAAUUUUUUUUGUUUGUAUGUGGGGCAUUAGCUACCAUUCCAAUUAAUAUUAUAAUUGAAAAUAUAGCAGUAAUAUGGGGUGUAUUAGGCAAGAAGCACAAAUUUUAUAUAGUGAACAAAGAAGUCAAGAUUCCUGUGACAGUAUAACUUUUUAUAAUUGUACAUUUAAAAUUUAUAGUCACUAGAUAAGUGCACAAAAUACUUAAUGUGAUUAUGAUUGAUUGUAUGUUUGCAAGGGAAUGAUAAUUGCUGCUUUUUCUGUAUGUUUUAUGUAUGAUUUUUUUAUAAAUGCGAACAUGAACGUUUUUUUGU